AUGGAUCACGAUCAAUUUAUCGAGCGUGUUACUCAAUAUAUAAAAAGAACAAAGACAGUUGAUGAAGGAGAAAGAAAAUUGGAAGAAUUUAAAAAGAUUUUAACUUAUUUACCAGGACACUAUGAUGAAGAUGCUUCGUUUAUCAAGUUGGAUGAGGCUAUUCAUGAAAGUGAAGAAGAACGAGGGAUUGAGAUGGGCAAGAGGCAUCGUGUCUUCUAUAUGGCCCUACCUCCAUCUGUCUUUAUUCCUGUUGCAAAAGGUUUAAAGAAAAACGUCUAUGCUAAAGAAGGUCUUAAUCGUAUUGUGAUUGAAAAGCCAUUUGGUCAAGAUAGUGCAUCCUCUGCUCAUCUUGCAAAGGAAUUAGCCACUUGUUUUACAGAAGAAGAAACUUUCCGUAUUGAUCAUUACCUUGGGAAAGAAAUGGUGAAAAAUGUCAUGAUGGUUCGAUUUGCAAAUAUUUUCUUUUCUCAAAUUUGGAAUCGUAUGAAUAUUGAUAACAUUCAAAUUACGUUUAAAGAACCUUUCGGAACAGAAGGACGUGGUGGUUAUUUUGAUGAAUUUGGCAUCAUUCGUGAUGUGAUUCAAAAUCAUUUAUUACAAGUAUUAUCUUUGAUUGCAAUGGAACGACCUGUUGGUACAGAUGCUGAAUCCAUACGUGAUGAAAAAGUAAAGGUGCUCAAGUGUAUUUCACCCAUUUCGAUUGAUGAUGUACUUCUUGGACAAUAUGUAGGUGCUAAUGGGAAGCCUGGUUAUCUUGAAGAUGAUACAAUCAAAAAUAAAGAUAGUUUAACACCUACAUUUGCUGCUUUAGUCUUACAUGUUCAAAAUGAACGUUGGGAGGGUGUUCCGUUUAUCUUAAAGGCAGGCAAGGCUUUAAAUGAAGCAAAAGUCGAGGUUCGUAUUCAAUUCCGUAAUGUGGCUGGUAAUCUCUACAAGAACGCUGCUCGUAAUGAGCUUGUUAUGAGAGUUCAACCGGAUGAAGCAGUUUACAUCAAGUUUAACAACAAACAACCUGGCCUUUCAUAUCAAACUAUUCAAACUGAACUUGAUUUGACCUAUCAUAGUCGAUACUCUGAUUUAUCUAUUCCUGAUGCUUAUGAAUCUUUAAUUUUAGAUGUCUUGAGAAAUGAUCAUAGUAACUUUGUUCGAGAUGAUGAAUUAGAAGCUGCCUGGAAGAUUUUCACACCACUACUGCAUAAAAUCGAUGCACACGAUAAAGAUAUUCAUAUCACAAACUAUGAAUAUGGUUCAAGAGGUCCAAUGGAAUUAGAUGCAUUUGUAAAAAAGUAUGGAUAUGAUCGUUCUAACAUUAAUUAUAAUUGGCCAAUUCAAAGUGUUGCACCUCAAAAGAAUUAA